CGGCCGGCCGCCGUCGAGCGCCGGCUGACCGGCGAGGACGCCUCAAGCCUCGGCUCAACCGACUCGGGCAUCAGCUCGGACGGCUCGGAGCGCGACCUGCGGGACAGCGAGGAGGCCUGGCAUGGCGGCGCCCGGCAGCCCGGCGCCGGCCGUCGCCGCCGCCACUGCCGACAGUGAGGAGGACAAGGACGCCGCCGGUGAGGCGACGGCGGCGACGGCGACGGCGACGGCCGCCGGCGGCGCGCCGCAGAAGUCGUGGCUGCUUCGGCUCUUCGAGAGCAAGUUGUUCGACAUGAGCAUAGCCGUCAACUACCUGUUUAACUCGAAGGAGCCGGGCGUGCAGAUGUACAUAGUGAACCGCAUGUUCAGCUUCAGCGAGACGGAGACCGACUUCUUCCUGCCGCAGUUGGUCAACAUGUAUAUUCAGAUGCCGGACGUGGCCGAGGUGCUGCACCCCUACCUCGUGCACAGGUGCCGGAAGAGCGUCGACUUCUCGCUGCAGACGGCGCGCCUGCUGGACGCCUACAGCUCGGACGCCAAUCUCUCCAACAAGAAGAAGCCGCACGGCACGCGCCUGCGGAAUCUGAUACUGUCCGACGAGCUGAGGCCGAAGCCGGCGUCGGCGCGUCUGCAGGUGCCCGGCCCGCCGCCGGCCCGCGCCGCCGAGCACACGCUCUCUCCGCUGCGCCGCACCCACCAGCGCUCGCGCAGCGACGCGGCCGCCAGCUACUCCAAGAGCCACCAGCGCACGCCCAGCACAGGCAGCAUGCGCUGUUACCUGGGCGACGUGAGCUCGGGCCGCGCCUUCGACAGCGGCUGCACCUGCUACGACAGCCACGAGGGACAGUGUAACGACCUGCUGGGCCGCCACGUGCAGUGCCACUGCGGGGCGCCCCGUCUGCGGCCGCAACUGGAGUUCAUCAACGCGCUCAUCUCGAUCGGGCAGCGGCUGGGCGCCAUGCCGACGCGCGAGGCGAAAACCACCCAGCUGCUGAACGAGCUGAGCCUGCUCAACCUGAACUUGCCGGCGCGCGUCUGGCUGCCGCUGCACAGCGCCGGCCACCACGUGGUGCGCAUCCCAGCCCAGGCGGCCGCCGUCCUCAACUCGAAGGACAAGGCGCCGUACAUGCUGUACGUAGAGGUGGUGGAAGUGGACCGGCCAGAGACGGCGCCCGUGCCAGCCAAGUGCAUCAACACGCUGCGCCACACGCGCUCCGAGGAGAGCCUGGAGAAGGCGGCGGCCGCGGCCGGCGCGCCCUCCCUGCCCACCACCUUCAGCCUGUACGGCAACAUGGACGCCGACAACGCCGACUGCUGGAGCCAGGAGGACGACGACAUCUCGCAGCAGUACUGGCAGCUGCGCAAGGCGGGCCGGGACGCGGAGCGCGACACGCUGUCGCAGAUGUCGCAGGAGUCGGCCGACAGCCGCGAGCCGGUGCUGAUCGCGCCGGGCGACAUCCGACGCCGCCUGGCCGACAGCCUGGCCGCGCCGCGCUCCACGUUCGCGCGCGACCCGGACGACCCGUCGGCGUCCGUGCUCAAGGAGCCGUGGGCGGAGAAGGAGCGGCGCAUCCGCGACGGCUCGCCGUACGGCCACCUGGCCGGCUGGCGCCUGAUGCCGCUCAUCGUCAAGUGCGGCGACGACCUGCGGCAGGAGCUGCUCGCCUACCAGCUGCUGGAGACACUGCGCCGGCUCUGGCGGCUGGAGCGCGUGCCGCUGUGGGUGCGGCCGUACCGCAUCCUGGUGCUGUCGGCCGACUCGGGCCUCAUCGAGCCCGUCGUCAACACGGUGUCGCUGCACCAGGUCAAGAAGAACAGCCGCAUGUCGCUCAAGGAGUACUUCCUGCAGGAGUUCGGUGACGUGAACAGCGAGGCGUUCCUGACGGCGCAGCGCAACUUCGUGCAGAGCUGCGCCGCCUACUGCCUCGUCUGCUACCUGCUGCAGGUGAAGGACCGCCACAACGGCAACAUCCUGCUGGACAGCGCCGGCCAUCUCAUCCACAUCGACUUCGGCUUCAUGCUCUCCACGUCGCCCAAGAACCUGGGCUUCGAGGCGUCGCCGUUCAAGCUGACGCCCGAGUUCGUGGAGGUGAUGGGCGGCCUCGGCUCCGACAUGUUCGAGUACUUCAAGAUCCUGAUGCUGCAGGGUCUGGUGGCCGCCAGGAAGCACCACGAGAAGCUGCUCACGCUCGUUGAGAUCAUGCGGUCAGGUUCUCAGUUGCCCUGCUUCCGCUCGGGCGCCGCCACCGUCCAGUUUCUGCGCAACCGCUUCCACAUGAACAUGACGGAGGAGCAGCUGCAAUACCUGGUCGACUCGAUGGUCGAGUCCUCCAUCCACUCGCUCACCACCAAGCUGUACGAUGGCUUCCAAUACCUGACCAACGGCAUCUUGUAGCGCUGGCCGCGCGCCGCCCACCGACGCAUUUACACGGGGGACCAGAGCCGGCCGCCGCCGCCGGCGGGACGGACGCUCGUGCGCCGCGGACGGCCGCACGGGACGCGUGCUGCGUUGCCACGAGUCAGACACGCAUGUGUACAUAGUUUGUAUACUCAUCGCCCCUGUUGACAUGUUACCGCUUUUGAUUCAGACGAUGUAAUAAAAGUGAUAUUGUUG